CAAAAAUUAAGAUCUCUGUUUUUGUGCAUCGUCAGGAUAUGUUGCACUUUGCCUUCUAGCCUCCUACUCGUGAUUUACCGUUGCCGAAAAUAUGGAAUCUCAAGCGUCCAAGACGGGCGACUUUUUCUACGGCUGGGAUCUAUUGUUCAAGACUAUCCGGGCUGAUGUCAACAAGAAGGCCGACGUGCUGAUGGCACUGGUGCACUUUCUGCUGACCAAGCACUAUAAGUUUCGCUGCGUGGGAAUUGGCGAUGAUAAAACACUGUCGGAGGAGGAGGUGGGAAGUGAGCUGCUUCCUGACAACUGGAACGACGAUGACACCAAGUACUCGCUCCGCUAUGAGCACGAAAAGGUGCUCUAUCUGCUUAUUGCUCACAUAAGCGAAGAGGACUUGCUUAUCAAUUUAUUGGACAUCAAUACCAAGAAGGUAUCCAAUAUUUGCAUCGAUCCCGAAAACCUGGUGGCCGCUGUUAACGGAAACAUUACCACACUGGUGCCAACUGCUUCGGAGGUUGUCGACCGUAUCCGCAAGGAGCUGUUGGACCCGGUGUUCAAUGGAAAUUCGCGCGAAGUGACCACUCAGACCAUCACAGAGACACAACGAUCCAGUGCACCGGAUCCACUGCGCAUAGGGCCACCAAGACAUGGCGGAUCAUUUAUGCCCGGAGGAUAUGAGCCUCGCCCUUUUGGCUUCCCGGACAUCGGUCGCGGGGACCUGGACCCACUCGGUCGCGGUGGUCCUGGUAAUUUAUUCCCGUUCCCCUCGCAUCCCGGCAUGCCUGGAAAUGGUAUCUCAUAUCCACGCUUCGAUCCGUUUGGACCCAUCGAUCCGAACUUACCCAACCGCGGGCCCAAUCCAGACCACAUGCGCCCACCCAACUGGGACUCGGAUUACUAUAUGUAAAUGGAGUACUCGCAAUGAGGAGCAACAAAAAUCAAUAGUUUAUAAUCCAUAGUGCAGGUACAUAUGGAGUACUUAUUUGGAAUGCAAUGGGAUUUAGAUUGGAUUUCCUUGAAAAUAGUUUUAUUACGGUUCAUACACAAAUACAGAAUAUUUCGAUAUACAAUAAAAUUCAAUUCAGCCUGCAAA